CCUAAUAAAAAUGAAUAGGUGCAAUGUGGAACUACUUUUCUUUCUUUGUGUUGUAACGACUGCAUUUUAGUGAUGGACUUCGUCAACGCAUUGGGUCGCCUGCAUCAUCUCAGCCAUUAUUUCACUUUUUUUACCAAGCAUGGCUUCUGCAUCCUGCCAGAACAAAAUCGGUAUGAAAAGAAAAAUAGCAGAUGAAGGAGAGUCUUUCAGGAAAAAUGGAACGACGAGUACUUUGUUGUAUCUAACAAUAAAGCGCUCUGCUUAAUAUGCAGAGAAGUGGUAUCAGUUUUCAAGGACUAAAUUUGAAAAGGCAUUAUACUCAAAUGCACCCCAAAUUAAGUGAAUUGCAAGGAGUGUGCCGUAGACAGAAAAUAUUUUUAAAAGAAUCUUACGUUCCAAUAACAGCUGUUUCGAAAAUCAGCUACUCAGCCGGAUUCUUUAUGUUGUAUCAAACUUAAUUGCUAAAAAAUCCAAGCCAUUUGCCGAUGGUGAAUUUAUUAAAGAAUGCUUUGGAUGACAGCACUGAUGUUACAGAUACGGCACAACUUGCCAUAUUUAUUCGUGGUGUUGACAACAAUUUCAGUAUUACUGAAGAACUGGCCUGUCUGUUUCCACUGAAAGAUGCAACGAAGUCUGAUCUGUAUAAAGCAGUAAAACAAACACUGGCAAGAUUUUCCUUUACCAUCGGAAACCUGUCUGGCAUAGUAACUGACGGUGCUCCAACUAUGGUUGGAAAGAAGGAAGGACUAACAACACUGAUGGAAGAAGAUGCAAAACAGAUCAGUAAUGUGCGUUUCAUGAAGUACCACUGCAUUAUACAUCAGGAAAAUUUGUGUGCACAGAGUUUAAAAAUAGAAAAUGGUAUGGAUGUUUUUAAAACCAUAAAUUUUAUAAGAUCCAGAGGAUUAAAUCACCGCCAGUUUCAGGAGUUUCUGAAUACUUUGGAAACAUCCUAUGGAGACAUUGUGUACUUUACUGCAAUGAGAUGUUUGAGUCGCGGAAAAAUGCUGAAACGUUUCUAUGAUUUAAAUGAAAUCAAGUCCUUUAUGAAGUCAAAAGGGAAAGCCUGUACCCAAACUGGAAAAUGCAAGCUGGCUGAUUUAGCCUUUUUAGUAGACAUCACUGCUCAUUUAAACGACCUGAACCUGCGCCUCCAAGGUGAAAAUCUAUUAAUAAAUUACAUGUUUCAAACAGUGAUGGCAUUUGAAGUGAAACUGAAAUUAUAGCACUGUCAGAUUAAGAACAAUACCUUCAUUCACUUUGAAACACUGAGCAAAGCCACGUAAAUACUGAAAAAUAUGCAGCAUUACUUAAUAGUUUAUUACAGGAAUUUGAGAGUAGAUUUCAAGAUUUUAGAAAACACCAGCAACAGUUCGGUAUAUCUGCUACUCCAUUCUCAGUUUACAUCAACAUGUUGCCUGCAAACCUGCAACUGGAAUGCAUAGAAUUGCAGUCAGAUAUGCAACUUAAAGAAAAAGUCUGCAAGUGUCUUUAUUGGACUUUUAUAAGUUGUACCUACCUAAAGAAAAAUAUCAGUCACUUCACGAACAUGCCCUGUUCAUGACAUCGCUGUUGGAGUACAUACAUUUGCGAGCAAUUUUCUCGUACGAAGUAUACAAAAAAUAAAAUCAGAACGAAACUUUCAGAUGAGCAUCUUGAAAAUACUCUUUGCAUCGCCACCACCUCUAUCAAAACCGAUAGACGCACUGUUCUCAAAAAAGACAAGCUCAGUGUUCACAUUAAAAAGGUUAUGCUCAUAAUGUUUGUUUACUACACAAAAGAACAAUCCUGACGUGACAGCCUGAACCUCCUGAUAUGGACACUUUAACAAGAACUAGGACCAAUAAGUUUGAAUUCUGCGAAGGACUGUGCCUGGUUGCACCCUUGUGAACAUGUUUCACUAAUAAACAUUGCCACUACUAAUAAAAUCAAUUAUGUGUUUGAAAUUUGAGAAAAGUAACAAACACUGGAAGACCCCUUCCAUAUUUUCAGCAAACACUGGGAAACUCCUCAAGUUGGAGACUUAAAGUUAUCCAAGGAAGAAAUACAAAAAGGUGUCAUCUGAUGAUGCUAUGCCUCAUUGAGUAAAUCUGUACAAGUAAUCAGCUGAAAUGUGCACUCAUGCAUAUUGGAGAGGCAACUGCAAAAAAGCAGGCAUGAGAUUACCUUGUGAAAUUGGAGUGUGUUGCAAAUUAUCAUGUUCUUUGUGGCUCCAAAGUAAGUGGGUGAACCAAAGUUAAAUGUGUUCUACCAUCUGUUAAUCAGUGAAACAAAUGUAAAAAAAUACAAAUAUUUCAUUUUUUAAGAAGUAAAAGUCUCAUCAUUCCUGCAAG